UUCCCCUCACUCUGCUCAGCAGUCAGCUCGGUUCACCACACUGCCUCCUACCACCUCGAUUUCUCAUGCUCUGCACAAUAUGGCCAUCAUUCCCUCGCCUUCCGCCCCUUGUUACCUCCAUUUACCCAUUCUUGGCACCUCGUUCACUUCACUUACUACACCCUAAUUUCCAGGGAUCUGGCCAUGUUUGCCCCAUUCGAUCACACUGUGCCCUCCACUACAUAUUAUACACGACACGUGUAUAAUCACGUGUAUGAUCACGACACGUGAUGGAGAUGUGCCCUCUACUGCUGUUCUGCCUCCAUUCUUGUUCGAGCUUUUAUUCCAACCCCCUCCACCCUGCCCCAUUCACUUACACUGCCUCUUGUCCACUACCCUUCCUGCGUGCUGGGCCUCCUAUGGCCACGGUUCCUUAACCCUCUCCUCUCAUGGCCCCAGUUCUCUCACGUCGUAUUCCUUCACCUCUGCUCACUCUCAGACUCUCAUUUUCCAGGUUCCCCUCUGCUCCUUGACACCGCACGAAGCGACUCCCGUUCACGCUCAUGUAGCCCAGCCUUCGGCUUGGUUCCCGGACUCCGGGCCUCAUUCUCUCCCUCAUUCACUCUCUUGCUGCCCCUUCUUCACCAUUGUUCUCUCCAACACCACUCCCACAUUUACCCCCAUUUCCUGACACUAGCUCAGGUUACCUGCAGAUUCUCCUUCUACCCUUGCUCAGCCCCAUUCCUCACUUUCUCUUUGUUGACUCCAUUAAGUCUGCCCCUUGUUCUUCGAAACGAUCUCACUCAUAGAAAUUUCCAGUGUAACCCCUGUUCCUCCUGGAACCACUCCCAUUCUGCACCUGAUCUCAUGUCUAGUUGUUUUCAUUCUGCCCCAUAGUACCUUCAUCCAAUCACACUCUGCCCUGAAUUCACCACUUUUUGCUAACACUGGUCCCCAUGUUUCCCCAGUUUAUUCACUUGGGGCCAUGUGACCUGUGACCUUUGUCUUUCCCUUUGGCUCACAGUCCCCACAGUCACUUGCCUUCUUCUCUUUGCUUCUAUUCCCUCUCUCUCUGCCCAGCAUUAGCUCCAUUCAUGCACAUGUGGCAUCUCCUUCACCUGGCUGAUGGAUGUUGGGAUCUCUGGACAUUCCUGGAGCCCCGCAUCACCCCUGUCGGGUCCCAGUCCGCCCCUCAUUCACUCUAGCCACUCCCCUUCUCCCUCAGAGUGUCACCACUCGAACUCAACCUGAUUCACACAUGCACGUUCUACCAUGUAUAUGGCUUCAGUCCCUCUACUUCUGUCCCUUGUGCUCCCCAUUCUUCCCUUUAUGCCCCACAUUACCUUCAUUCCCUCCCAUGUUCCACCUAAAUUCACCUCUCUCACCCUUAACAUGCCCCAUAAACCAUCAUUUAUUCACACUCUGGUCCUCCGUGCUCCAAACAAUUUGCACUCUCCUGCUUUAUCAACUCAUACACAUUCACCAUGUGAAUUGCUCCAUUUACUCAGGCUGCUCCUACUUUCACUUUUGGUCACUUUAGCCCAUGCCUCAAUUUCCUAUCACUUACUCAGUCUCACCCAUAAUCUCGAUUCAUUCAAAAUCAAAUGCGCAGGCAUUCCCUCAUGUGGCUCCACACUACCCCCUUUCAUUCCACUCUACUCUUGCACCUCCCUCCCAUCCCCCUCUGACUCUCCUUGCCACCAUUCACUCCCAAUCUCCCCUUCAUUCACCAUUAUUCACCCCUGCCCCCAGCCAGUCCCAUAUGUCUCCCAUUGAGUGACACUCACAUUGGCCAAGACAGAACAGUCUGACAGGAUUCAUGUACCAGUGAUGGCAUGUACCACAAAUACCAGUGGCUUCAAAAGAAUGGAAGGGGGUUCCUCCCUUAGAAGCAGGUAGUUCAGGGCUAGCAUGCCAGCUUCAAGGUCACCAGAGAACUGGCUCGUGAGCUGUUGCUCUGACAAACUCACCCACUACCUUAUGGUUCCAAGUCACUGCUUGUAAUUGGCCAAGCUUCUAUAGUUUUGAUGAAAUGUAUCUUGUGUUGUAAAGUAAGCUCUAUACCCAAUGUGGGGCUUGAACUCAUGACCCUAAGAUCAAGAGUCACAUGCUCUACCAACUGGGCCAGCCACAUACCCCUUGAUGAAAAGUAUCUUAAGAGCAAUCGUGGUGACGACUCACUGGUGAGGUGGGGGAACUGUCGCUGGGAGUGUCACACUGUACAAACUCUGUGGUGGGACCAGCUGCUGUCAGCUUCCCAUACUCCUUCAGCUAGCUACUUGCUGCUUAGACCGCUGUGUGAGGAGGUUGCUCCUGCAGGGACUGUUGGCAGAGGAUGCCCAGCACAGAGUGAGAGUCCAGCUCCUCAGCACAGAAAAGCUGGCCUCACAUAGGUUGUCAAUGUGCCUUGUGAACCCUGGGACAGUUCUUGAGGGGUGUAUCACUGGCUCAGGGACAUUUCUGGAGCUGGCAAUCUCUGUACCCCAAUACCCACCAAUCCUAAAGGAUUCUUUCUAUACACAGGUGUGUGUGUACAAGGUGGUGGGGGGAUAAUGUUUGUAAGAUGGAAGAGGCCAGGCUGGGAUGGGCCCUAUAGUCUGGCCCUUCCUAUUUCCCACUGACAUAUUUUGUACCCAAGAAGUACUGAUCCUUCGGGGAGCAAGAGAUAGGAACUAGUCUUCUGUUUUCUCUCUUUGCUUUGUCUGCCAAGAAGCUCCAACUAGAUUUCUGGUUAAAAAAAAAAAAAUUCCUUGUCUAGUUUUAAUGGUUCUGGCAUGAGGACCUGCAGAUUCUUUCCAGAAGUUCUAUGGGAUAGCGAAUAAACAAAAGAAUAUUAUUGGGUAGAAGUUAAGGAUCCAGCCUUGGAAAAGUGUGUGACUAUGCGCAUGUUACUUAGUCUCUCUGGGACUCAGUUUCCUCCUCUGACAAGUAGAGGCCAUGGGACUGUUCACAGUGGGGACUGAGUGAGGCAGGUCAUACCAUGUGCUUCCCACAGUGUGUGGCACACACGAGAUACUGAGCUAGGUCUGAGCCCCCAUUAUCACUUGCUGGGCCUGUUGGCAGAAGCCACAGUUUUCCCUGCUUUCGCCCUUGCCCUCUGUUGUCUGUUCUUCAAAGCAGCCUGCAGGUUAUCUUUGAAUUUUUUCCUUUUGAUUAACAAAAGCUCAAUACAUAUAGAUGCCUAAUUUUAUUUAAAUAAUAAUACUAAAACAUGUAGCACUUGCUGUGUGCCAAGCAUUGUUCUAAAUCUUUACAAUUAUCAGUUCGUUUGUCAUCGUCCCAUUUUACAGAUGAGGAAACAGCACAGAGAAGAGUUCUGCCCUAGUUACAAAGCUGGUGAAUGGGGCUUUGAAACCAGGCUGUCUCCAUCAUGUUUGGUUGGUUCUGUCUUCUUCCUUGCUGUGUUCCAAAUGUCUGGAAUACUGUCUGUCAUACAGGAGAAGCUCAUGUUCUAGUGGUGCACGACUCGCAAUAAACAAGAAUUCGAGAUUGCUUCUGAUGGGUCUUUAAAAAAAUCUUACCCCUUUCACGGCUCAGCAUUCUGUCUAGAAUGAAGCAUGAGCUCUGUUCCUGGCAGAGGAGGCCCUACGGCAUCUGCCCCCACUCCCUCCCUCCCACCUCCUACGCUCCGAACACACUGCCAGUUUCCAUUCCUCCCAACACGCCAAAUUGGUCCCACUUCCCGGCCAGGAGGCUCUUUUCUUCGGCUCUUUGUGUGGCCGGUUCCUUUUGGUCAGCAAAAUUGUCACCUCCGACGAAAGGAUUUUGUUCCUGCCCAUCCAGAGAAAAGAACCCGUCAGCUGCUGCUUAACACAUUGGCUUCACCAAGGGAUGUGUGUGUCCUAGGUCGCCGUUUAUGUAUCCUUCAGCUUGUUUGUAUGCUGUCCUUCAAAACUCCCGGCUUUAGCCACUGGAUGGAGCCAGUGUGACCUUUCCCAACCUCCCGGCCUUUGUGUACGCUGGGCGAUUCUGCCAAGCGUCCCGUCUUCCUGUUCAAUUACACCUGUAAACCCGACGCUGCCCUUCGGGUUCAAGACACCAAAUUCCCGCCUGCCAGAAUUUUCCUCAGUUGGGCAGUUCCCUUCCCCAUCAUAAGGAAAAUGGUUUUCGAAGCCUCAGGCAUGACGGUCUCUGUAUAACCAAGUAGACACCUGCUCUACACCACAGCCCUCGAGGUGUAGAGCCCCGGUGGGCGCGGCCAUCUCAAAGCAGGGACCGCGCGGGCGCGGCCAUCUUCCCUCCGCGCAGGCGCCGCGGCCCCGCCGCGUUCGCGUGGGGCUGGCGGGGGGGGGGCGGGAGGGGGCCCGGUGUUGACUAUUGGCGGACGCGGGCUCAAAGCCCCCACUGAGCGUGCGCACAUCCAACCGCUGCAACCCUGUAGGUUGCGGAGCCUGAGUUGGUCCUGAAGCGGAAGUGCUUCUUGGGGCCAGUUCUUGCACUGGUCUCCUCUGCAGUGAGCAGAAAAUCUAUUGUCGAGAGGCACAGUGACCUGCGCUAAGGGUUCAUACGCACUCCUCAGGCCCCUCCUUAGGCGCCCCCCGCCUCUCCCCGUGCCCCUCUCCCCUUGCCCGCGCCCCAGGGUAGGGGCCUGAUGUGAAUGCUACAGCCGAAGUGAAUCUGCACCCGAACGCUUCCUUCUGGCUCCUGGGCAAGCCGGCCCCAGUGAGGUGAGGAGAAGGAAGAGGCACCUCAGAGGACUCAUCUCCCGAGCUGAGAGCUUGGGGCUUGGGAGGGGGGUGGGCGAGGCCUGGUGCUGCAGGGUCUGGGAGGGGAUCAUCAGGCUUAAAACGUCAGGAGGCCGAUAGUUUUCCAAAAGUUCAGUUUUCUUGGCGUUUAACAAAUACUAGCACAUUUGAAUUACAGAUUAAUUAAAAAUAGUGGGAAAGAAAAUCAAAAGGAAUUCAUUUUAUCCCCCUACGUCUAUACGUCCAUUCUUAGACAGUUUUAGUGUUUUAGGGUUCUGGGUUUUUAAACAUUUCACAUAUAGUUUGAGGUGGGUUCCUGCGGUUUUAUAACCUACCUUUUUUUUUUUUCAUUUAGAAGUUGACUGUGAUUCAGCUUAAUUUAUUCUGUGAUGUGUUAAAAACUUUCAUUUAGGUAUGUGUACAGAAAAGUACACAGAUGCUAAAGCAUACAACAGUCUUUUGAAUAGCUAUGUAGCAUUUCACCCCUUGUAUCUCCUUAUUAAUCUUCUUAUUUUGAGUCAUACAGGAUUAACUUUGGCAUUCAUAAAGUCGACGCUGAGAUGAAGGUACUUACAGAGGAAUUGUGAUGCAUUAGAGUACAUUAUUUCAUUAAGGAAAAUGCCUGGAAAUACUAUUUCUGGCUCAGCCUUCGCACAUCUCUGCCUUUUCCCAAGAAGAACAGAAAAUGGCCAAACCCCAGGGCCUCGUGACAUUCGAGGAUGUGGCUGUGGAUUUCACCCCGGAGGAGUGGCAGUACUUGAACCCUCCACAGAAGACUCUGUAUCGAGAAGUGAUGCUGGAGACGUACAGCAACCUGGUCUCUGUGGCAGGACCGCAGGGGACCAAACCAGACCUCAUCCUCAAGUUGGAGGUCAAAGAACCAUGCUUGGGAGAAACAAAAAUCUCCUUCUGGAGCUUUCCAGAAGCAGUCUGUCAAAUUGGUGAACAGAUUGAGAGACAGCACCAGGAUGACCAAGAUAGGUAUCUGUUGAUGCAAGUUGGAUUCCCUGACAAGAAAACAAUUAUCACCAAGACUGGCCACGACUAUAAUGAAUUUGGAAACGCCUUUCAUCUGGAUACAAACCUUGUUGCUUCAAUCCAAAGGUCCCAUAAAUAUGAGCCAUUUGGAAAUAAUAUGGUAGAUAGUUUAGACUUAUUUACCAGAAGCUCUGUAGGAAAGAAACAUGACAGUGGAUGUGCAAAGUUAUUCUUCCCUACGGGGUAUGAGAAAACAACUCCUGGAGUAAAGCCGCAUGGACAUAAAGAGUGUGGGAAGGCCCUCAGGCGGAAGAAAGGGCUCAGUCUGCAAGAGAGAAUUAAAAAUGGAGAGAAACCCUUCGAAUGCACCGCGUGUAGGAAAACCUUCAGCAAGAAGUCACACCUCAUUGUACAUUGGAGAACUCAUACCGGAGAGAAACCCUUUGGAUGUACUGAAUGUGGAAAAGCCUUUAGCCAAAAAUCUCAGCUCAUUAUACACUUGAGAAGUCAUACAGGAGAGCGACCUUUUGAGUGCCCAGAAUGUGGAAAAGCCUUCAGAGAAAAGUCAACCGUCAUCAUACAUUACAGAACUCACACAGGAGAGAAACCUUAUGAGUGUAAUGAAUGUGGAAAAGCCUUCACUCAGAAGUCAAACCUCAUUGUCCAUCAGAAAACGCACACGGGCGAGAAAACUUACGAAUGCACUAAAUGUGGGGAAUCGUUCAUACAGAAGCUUGAUCUAAUUAUACAUCACAGUACUCAUACAGGAAAGAAACCCCAUGAAUGUAACGAGUGUAAGAAAACUUUCAGUGAUAAGUCAACUCUUGUUAUACAUCAAAGAACUCAUACAGGGGAGAAACCUCAUAAAUGUGCCGAAUGCGGGAAGUCUUUCAAUGAGAAGUCAACCCUCAUCGUGCAUCAGCGAACUCAUACAGGGGAGAAACCCUAUGAAUGUGAUGUGUGCGGGAAAACCUUCACCCAAAAAUCCAACCUUGGUGUACAUCAGCGAACUCAUUCAGGAGAGAAGCCUUUUGAAUGUAAUGAAUGUGAGAAAGCGUUCUCUCAGAAAUCCUAUCUCAUGCUCCACCAGAGGGGUCACACAGGAGAGAAGCCCUACGAAUGCAGUGAAUGUGAAAAGGCAUUUUCCCAGAAAUCCUACCUCAUUAUACAUCAAAGAACCCAUACGGAAGAAAAACCCUAUAAAUGUAAUGAAUGUGGCAAAGCCUUCAGAGAAAAGUCCAAGCUCAUUAUACAUCAGAGAAUUCACACAGGAGAGAAACCCUAUGAAUGUCCCGUAUGUUGGAAAGCUUUCAGCCAGAAGUCCCAGCUCAUAAUACAUCAGCGAACACACACAGGAGAGAAACCCUAUGCGUGUUCUGAGUGUGGCAAAGCCUUCAGAGAAAAAUCCACAUUCACUGUACACCAGAGAACUCAUACGGGAGAGAAACCCUAUAAGUGUGCAGAAUGUGGGAAGGCUUUUACCCAAAAAUCAAACCUGAUUGUACAUCAGAGAACACACAUGGGAAAGAAAGCCCACGCGAAGGGCCAUAGCCGGAAGUCAAAGCUCAUCACACAUUAACGAGUAGAUCCAAGGUGCCUGUUAAGGUUCACUGAGGGAAAGUUUUGUCUAAUUAACGUUUUAAAAGUACGUUCUGAUUUCUGGUUUAAAUAUGGGGAUUAAAAGGCUCUUUUCAUCUUAGUCUUCACCCAGACACUACAAGGAGCAGAAGAGGAAGUGUAAUCUCUGUAUCUGCCACAAGGAGGAGAUAGCUGAAACCCUGCCAGCGCAGCCAGAGGCAGAGGGGACCACGCGCCAGUGCAGGAGAUCUCAAAGCAAACACUCAAGACUGCACACGUGGGGCCGCACUGGUGAGGACUCACCAGUUGAGGUUCAGGACAUCCCCCAAGUGCAAGGCCAACUCCAUCCACCACGGUAACAGAGGGCAUUGACAGGUGGGAGUUAGGAUGUCUCCUAGACCCAUUUGGGGUCUGAGGAGAGGCUGGCAGAGGCCUUGACAAGAGAUCACUCAGACAAGCCAUAUUUGUAGAAAGUAGUCUGCAGUCAUGAGAGGAGCACUUGUGACAGGGGCUGGAGCAGGAGAAGGGGGUGUUCCUUGUGAAGAGCCCUACAGCUGCCCCGGUUUACAGACUCUGGAGAAGUCAAACCUAAAAGAAAUACCAAAUGUGGGGGGGACAAUUUUAAGAAAAACUCUUACCUGCCUAGAAUGUGGUCCCCGUUUCUUACCCCACAUGAACCUCUGGGGAACAGCAAGUCCAGGCAAAACUCUUACUCAAAUAAUGAUUCCAAAGUAAUGAAGACCACAGAGGCAAUGGCUUUUGAGCCUACAGUUCCACUUCUAGGAAUGUAUAUACUCACGUAUGUAUGAAAUGAUGACCAUGCAGAGAUCUUCACAGGCGCACUGUGAAAACAAAAGGUUGGAAGCUGUCUAGGUGACAGGGGUCUAGAUCCUGAAAUCAUGGUAUGUUCAUACAGCAAACCUCCUAGGUAGGCGAAAUGAAAAAAAAAAAAUUUUGUGUGUGUGCGUGUGUGUGUGUGUGUGUGUGUGUGCGCAUUAUAUAUAUGUAGAAAUAUAUAAAAAUUUAUAUAUAUACAUAUAUAUAAAGAGAACUUGGACAUCAUCUGUGUAGUGAUGUGGGAUGAUCUCCAACACAAUUAGGUGCAAAAAGCAAGGUGCAGGAUCAUGAAUAUAAUAUGCUACCAUUUGCAUAUAAAAACAAAUUGUAAGUACGUAAUUGAGCAUAUAUGCAUCAACUCUCUCUGGGAAGAUACAUGAGAAGCUGCGAACCCUGAUUACCUCUGGGAAAGGGCAGGGGAAGUGGGUGGCUGGGGGAAUGGAAUUGGGAGGGAGACACCUCUGUGUCCUUUCAUAGCUUUUGAAAAUUGUGCUCUGUGGCUGUACUACCUUUUCAAUAAAUAAAACUUUUUAAAA